UGCGCUUGGCGAAAUUUCAGGAGACAAACACGAAGACAGAGCACGUGCCUUCUCAUAUUAGUCACGCACUGAUAGCAGGUCUUGGCCCACAACAGCUAGGACGAACACUGACACAGACCAGGAUGCCUCUCGCACCUCCUAUGAACUUUCCUAAAUGGCUGAAGGACAACGAACACCGUCUUCAGCCUCCAGUUAACAAUUUUUGUCUCUACCAAGGGGGCGAUUUCAUCGUAAUGGCGGUUGGCGGCCCAAAUGAACGGCGGGACUAUCAUGUCAACGAAACUGAGGAAUGGUUCUAUCAAUACAAGGGUGGGAUGCUUCUUCGAACGGUAGACGAAGGGAAGUUUCGAGACAUUCGCAUCGAGGAGGGCGAGAUGUUCCUGCUACCUGGGAAUACGCCACAUAACCCCGUCCGUUUCGCAAACACAAUUGGCAUCGUGAUAGAGCGCAUUCGGCCGACUCAGUCCAAAGGUCGUCUUCGUUGGUAUUGCCCCAAUUCCGCCCACACUGAGCCUACUAUCAUUCGCGAGGAGUCAUUCCAUGUUGCAGACCUUGGCACACAACUAAAGCCCGUUAUUGAGCACUGGAUGAACGAUGAAAAUAGCAGGAAAUGCCCUCACUGUGGCGCUAUCGCUGAAUCUAAAUAAU